ACGAGAGAAACCGUUUGUGUUUGCAUAUUCUUUGCUGUGGAUUAUAAAAAGAUCGUUAUGCAAUGAAGUAAAUCACUUUUUAUUCUUUCUUUUGUCAUUUUUUCUUUUUCUUUUUUAUUUUUAUUCAACAUGGGGAUAUGUCAUAAACUAUUCAACUUGUCACGAUCUUCUAAAGCAGUCUCAGAAAUUACUGAACGAUCUUCAAAUAAACGUAAACCAUUUCUGUAUAAAUUUAGAUCGUGUCAUACUUUUGUAUUUUGGACAGCUGCAGUUGGACUAUUCACUAGUACAUUUGUUCAUUCGAUUCUUUUCCCUUUAUCACCAUUUAUUGUAGCACGUAUUAGGCACAUUGACGAUAAAAACUGGACAGAACAUUCAAAAUCAUCUGCUAUCACAUCAAAUAUCGAACUAACUUCAAGAGAUACAGGUGUAUUGGUAGCUCUUUAUGCUGUUGGUUUAUUGGUGGGUUCUCCUAUAUUUGGUUGGUUAGGCGACAAAAUUAAGCAACGAAGACUUCCUAUGCUUUUAGGAACGGGUGCUUCCAUGGCUGCCAACAUUUUGUUUAUGCUCAGUGUUACUUAUCCGAUGCUACUCAUUGCUCGAUUUCUUCAGGGUGUAUCCAAUGCGUGUGUUUGGACAAUGUGCCUUUGUCUGAUUGCCGAUAACUGGCCAAGAGAGGAGCUGGGAUCACAGAUGGGCAAAUUGGUCGGAUUUUACCCUUUGGGAAUGAUGAUAGGAUUACCCGCAGGAGGAUUGCUUUACAGCGAGCUUGGUUACGAAGCACCGUUCAUUGCUUCCAUGAUAUUAAGUGGCAUUGAUUUUGUCAUGAGAGUUGUCGUUAUCGAAGGACAAAAUGUAGGGGAUGAAACUGCAUCUAUCAAUUCGGAAAAGACAGUAAAGGAAGAACCACCAGUCAAACAGCCGGUGACAUGGUUACAGUUACUAAAGCAGAAAAGGCUUGUAGUGUCACUAGGUUUAACCGUAACCGUAGCAACUGUCAUGAGUGCCUUUGAACCAACAUUAUCCAUGCGACUAGCUCAAGAAUGGGGCUUUAAUGCAGCUGGCUGUAGUUUGAUUGUCCUUUCUUAUAUGAUUCCCUCCAUUAUUGCUAGUGCAGUCUGUGGUAAACUCUGUGACAAGUUUGGAACAAAAAUUGUUGCAAUAGUAUCUUUAUUCUUUGCAACGCCUUCUUGUAUCUUAAUAGGCGUACCUAACAAACAAACUGGAUCCUUCUGGCCACUUGUUCCAGUCCUAAUCAUGGGUGGUAUAACGAUCGCAGGCUGUCAAGCGCCGGUGUUUCCCGAAAUAGCCAAGGUGGUAGACAAAGAAAAUGGAAAUUCUACCACAUGUGACGGGUUGGCAAGGAGCUAUUCUUUAUUUAAUGCAGCAUACGGUGUUGGCAUGUGUGUUGGCCCAUUGAUGGCAGGUUAUCUGUUUGCAAGUAUUGGGUUCUUUUGGUUAUGUACAAUACUGAGCGUCUUGUUCUUUUUAUUUAUUCCCUUUGCCUACUUGUAUAUUGGAGAUAGCCGACAACUCAUCUGCCCUAAUAAUGGACGUGGUGUACCUAGCUCUUCCAAGGAUGAAGAAAAUCAAAAGAUCGAACAAUCAAAUGAUUUUCAUGACGCUGCAUCCAUGUAUUCCCAAGGAUCGUUUCCUUUCCUUGUGAAAAGUAUAAGUCUUGCUAAAAUUCGAGGAAAUAAAACAAACCCUUCUAGUCUGUAAAGCAGUACUGUAUUUUAUUAAUUAUUGACGUU